GAGGAAAUCUAAAAGCUGCUUGAAACAUGAAGGCCUAUUACAUGGACGAUGACGAUAAGGCGGAUUAUCGUGAAGACCACGAUUCUGGUGUAUCUGUAAGCACUGAUGAGCUCAACCAGCUUGGUGUGUUCUACGAAAGAAUGGAGACCAUGGAUGAAGUGGACGAGCUUGCCAAAAAGCGCCAUUACAAAAACAGGGAUGAGAUUGUCAUUUCGCCAACAUCAUUUGGCUCCCCAGAGGCAUUGAAGGCAAAGCUAGAUGCCUUCUUCACGACACAUAUCCAUGAGGACGAGGAGAUUCGUUACAUCAAGGACGGUACGGGGUUCUUUGACGUAUUAAAUGAAAAGAAUGGUAAGUGGGUUCGUGUUCGUGUUGAGAAGAACGACCUGCUCAUCGUUCCAGCCGGUAUCUACCACAGAUUCACCUUGGAUACUUCCAACUAUAUCAAAGCUGUGAGACUUUUCCAGGAUGAACCUAAGUGGACGCCAUUGAAUUUCCCUGUGAACGAUAACACUUAUAGAGAGACCUAUUUGAAAUCCAUUGGUGUAUCUCAAUAACUUCACCCUUACAGCUCUCAGUUCUUUUCUCCAUUUCUGUUUAGGUUCUGUUUAUUCGGUUUGUUACUAUUUAAAGUUUGUCCGUUG